AUGGUUCUGGAAGAACGCCAUGAUCAUGCUCCUAAUCACAUCUCCAUGUCCGAGGUGAUGGAGGAGCUGAAGCUGAUGAGGAGCCUGUGCCUGCCCAUCUCGGCGCUCAACCUGCUGCACUACGUGAAGAGCAUGGUCACCGUGCUCUGCAUGGGACUGCUGGGGCGCGACGAGCUCGCCGGCGGCGCGCUGGCCGUGGGGCUCACCAACGUCACCGGCUACUCGGUGCUGUCGGGCCUCGCGCUCGGCCUGGAGCCCGUCGCCGGCCAGGCGUUCGGGUCCGGGAACCCGGGGGCGGCGCGGCGGGCGCUGCGCCGCGCCGUGCUGCUCCUCCUCGCCGCGUCGCUCCCCGUCGCGGCGCUCUGGGCGUGCGCGGGCCGCGCCAUGCGCGCCGCGCAGCAGGACGCCGCCGUGGCGCGCGUCGCCGGCAGCUACUGCCGCUACGCCAUCCCGGACCUCGCCGCCACCAGCGUCCUCCUCCCGGCGCGCGUCUACCUCCGUAGCAAGGGCGAGCCCGGGAGGCUAACCUCCUGCAUGGCGCUCGCCGUCGCGCUCCACGUGCCGGCCACCGUCUACCUCGGCGCGAGGCUGCGCGUGCCCGGCGUCGCCAUGGCCACCUGCGCCACCAACCUCGCCACGCUGGCCUUCCUAUGGAUCUCCCUCACCUGGGCCGGCACGGCCCAGAAGGAACCGGACGAACCAACCGGUUCAGCUGAAUGGGCCGACAUGGCCCAUUUCUCCGAAUGGGCUCAGCUGCUCCGUCUGUCCCUCCCAAGCUGCCUGAGCGUGUGCUUGGAGUGGUGGUGGUACGAGCUCAUGACCAUCACCGCCGGUUAUCUCCGGGAUCCGGCCGCCACGCUGGCGGCGGCGGCCAUCGUCAUACAGACCACCUCGCUGCUCUACACGAUCUCGGUCACCCUAAGCUCCGCCGUGUCAGCCCGCGUCGCGUACGAGCUCGGGGCAGGACGACCGAGAUCGGCCCACGUCUCGUUCGUGGUAGCAAUGGGUCUCGCGAUGGUAGGUUCGUGCGUAGGGCUCGCAUGGGCCACGUUGGGCCGACGGCCAUGGGUCCAUGUGUUCACCGAUGAUCCCACGGUGCAGUCACUCGCAGCAAGUGUGCUACCCGUUGUUGGGCUAUGUGAGCUCGCAAACUGCCCACAGACGACCGGUUGCGGCGUCCUACGUGGCAGCGCGCGCCCGGUCGUCGGGGCGGCCAUCAACCUGUGCUCCUUCUACCUCGUUGGCGCCCCCGUCGCACUGGUCCUUGCUUUUGGGCUUGACAUGGGCUUCUUGGGCCUUUGUCUUGGGCUCCUUUCAGCCCAGGUCGUUUGCCUUCUGUGUGUGGGCUUUGCUACUUUCCAAACCGAUUGGGAGGCAGAGGCUCUGAAGGCCUUUCAUUUGGUUGGUAGUGGAGAUGACAAGGGAGGUUUGGCCCAGAAGGAAAAUGUAUAGAUUGUACAAAAAAUUGUAUGGUUUGAUUCUAAAUCUUUUGCACAA